AUGUAAUGUUCGCGUUGUUCGUCGCUUUUUCCCUUAUACUCCUAUAGCUUAACUUUGAUUGCAUACGAAUAACAGCUGCAAGGCGACAAGAAAGCAUGGCGACUGCCACCGAAGGAAGUAAAGGUUUACGCAUAGCCUUCAUUCACCCUGAUCUGGGCAUCGGGGGGGCAGAGCGGCUCGUCGUAGAUGCUGCCACGGAGCUGGUCCGUUGCGGACACCAAGUCGACAUGUACACCGCCUAUUACAACCCGGAGCGAUGCUUUGCGGAGACUAAGACCGGUGGUUUUGCUGUACGUGUUGCGGGCGGCUGGUUCCCUCGCCACAUCCUCGGGCGCAUGAUGGCGCUAUGCGCAUACAUUCGCUGCGUUCUGGUCGCCAUCCACAUCGCAUGGCGUUGCUUCCGGCUGGGGACAGCAUCAGCAUACGACGUGGUCAUUGCGGACCAGGUCGCGGUCGUCGUGCCGGUUGUCAAGAUGCUCAUGCCGCGAGCCCGGGUGCUCUUCUACUGCCACUUCCCAGACCUCCUCCUCACCCAGCGCAAGUCAACGCUAAAGCGCCUUUACCGCGCUCCGCUUGACUACUUAGAAGAGCAAACCACCGGGGCUGCAGACCUCGUCCUCGUGAACAGCAACUACACCCGCGGCGUCUUUGCUGAGACAUUCCAACGCCUGGCGUCCAGGGGCAUUGACCCCGGGGUUCUGUACCCGGCUGUUCCCAUCCCGGAGUCCUCGGAACUCCAAGCAGCUGAGGCAAGCUGGCGCAGCGAGCUGGAUCCAGAUUUAGCUGCGUUCAUUGCUGGUGGCACGACCUUCCUGUCCAUUAACCGGUUUGAGCGCAAAAAGGGUAUCCGCUUGGCCUUGGAGGCGUUACAUGAGCUGACAGCCAGGAUGGCGCAGGUAGAAGCCGAAAAGGCGACCCGUGGGUCAGAAGCAGCGCCGCAGCAGGCACGCGGCGAGAUCGACACGGAGCCGCCGGCGCGGUUGGUGGUUGCGGGCGGUUACGAUCCGCGGUUGGCGGAGAAUGUGGAGUAUCUAGUGGAGCUCAAGGAAGCAGUACGACAGUUGGGCUUGGAGCAGUCGGUUCGCUUCCUGCCGUCGUUCACCGACAGGCAACGCACGCUGCUGCUCGCGUCCUGCCGUGCCGUGCUAUACACCCCACAGCACGAGCACUUUGGCAUCGUGCCUCUGGAAGCCAUGGCAGCGGGGCGCCCGGUUGUUGCAUGCAAUAGCGGCGGACCCACGGAGAGCGUGACCCAUGGGUCAGUUGGCUUCCUCUGCGAGCCCACAGCUGCGGCCUUUGCGGGCGCCAUGCGGGAGCUGAUGGACCCACGGGUCGCUGAGAGGAUGGGAAAGCGGGCCCGGGCGCAUGUGGUGGGCCGGUUCUCGCGGCAGGCGUUUGGGGAUCAGCUAGACGGGUAUGUGAGGAGCUUGGCGGUUGGAAGGUUGAGGAAGCAGGAGGGCGCGAAGGGGGCUGCAGGAGGGUCAACGGGGCUGGGCAAGGCGCCGAAAGGAAAGUUGGGUGGCAAGGAGCUGUGAGGUGAAGGUGUUAAUGGGCGGCAACUGUUGCCAUCUAUCUGGGACCCGUAUUUCCUUAGCUUGGGUGCUGUCUUCUUGCCUCAUUGCCUUUGCGUUCGCCUUGCUAUGAUGGGGAGCUUUGGUUAGGGAGACCAGCGAAGUUAUGGUGCGGCACCGUCCCUGGCCCAUACUUCGCUAAAUGCCAUGAACCAACUAUCCUGUAGAGCGAAGAAUCAGAGAGCCCUACGUGAUUUUAUAUGAUGCUAAGUGCCGUCGAUAGGCCUAUGUUCUGAACGGUGUGGUAGUGCAUGUAUGGCGUACGACAAUGCAACGAUAGGGAAUACGAUCCCCUAGAGACGUAGAUGGAUGGUCCUCUACAGAGGAACCCUUCAUUCGGUGGCCACUAGCCGCGGCCCAUGCAAACCCCGUGCACACCUACACCUUGUCAUGAACUGAC